UUAAUCUGGAGAACGAGUAUUCAAUAAAAACAUUUGAGUGAAUUUUGCAAUUCCGGAAUUCUAUUCGAACUCCACGAUAAUUAGAACGAGAGCACAAGUCCCAGAUCUUGUUUUUAAAAAUUCCACUAGUCUUCCCCAUGCCCUCUUAUCAAUUAACACUCGACGCAACAGAUUACGCAAUUUUCACGGUGAAAAUAAUAUUCUCCGACGAACGAGACGAAUACGAACCUCAAUGGACGUGCUGAGAAAUGACGAAUAUUGAAAUCUGUGGAUGACUUUUAUAGGAUAAGCCUGUACCUGACUCCCCACCGCGUGAGUAAAUCGUGGAAGGGCGGUUUCGGGAGAAGACGUACAAGGCCAGCUCUCGACAAGGUCAUCCUGUUGUCGGAGACCGCGGCUAGCUCCCCGUCAAUUCCGUAUUCUCACUCGCAGUGGUCCAUUCAGAUUUUUUUUUUCCCCACCGCACAUGACUCCGCAUUUUACGUCCAACCGACCUUGAACUCGGGGGGGAAUCUUUCAUGGGGAAACCCUGUGCCAUGGUAUUUUUUUACGGGAGACACCUGCCAAUCUCACAAUUUUUACUGAGUCGCGGAUUUAUGGAUUUCUGGUUAUUUCCGAGGGGAAAUUCUUCACUAAGAGGAGGAAAACAAAAUGCUAAUGACAGUUGCCCAUCAGUAGUUAUUUUUUAUUUUUUAUGCCAGUUGGCAGACGACAAAAUCCAAUUUAUUUGUGCGAAAAAUUUGACGUCAAUUAGGAGCCUCUGCGGAUCCGAGAAUUGGGGUAAUCCUGCACUGAGAAAAAAAUAACAGGAUUCUCAAACAAGUCUUAUUCAUUGGGUGUUCAUUGACCUUCUAUUGGAAGUGCGAUUACGUCAUUGGGACGAAUAAUCAAGAUAAAACACGAGCCUGGCAGGACAUGGAUCAGCGACCGAAGAAGAAAGCCAAGGCGAAAAAACCGGGCGGCACGAGUGAAGAGCGCAAAGCACUGCUGAAGCACGAGGCUCUCAAACGGGAGACCAGAAUGGGCACUCGUAACAAUGAACAUCUACGGCGAUCCUGGAUGAAAAUAAUGGCCGAAGUUAAGAUUCCCACUAUGAAAGAAGACAUCGAGGUGAGCCGGAACAUAUUUGAACGUACCCUUGACAUUAAGGAUUACAGAGCCCAUUGCCUCAUGGAAGGUCUGACCGAGUCCGAAAUCCAAUACCAAAGAAACCUCGGAGGGCACGUGGAGAUAAUAAAACGGCUAGAAGACACAUACAACGACAGAUCAACCUCAGGGUAUGACAACUACAAACGCCAACUCGACGAAAUGGUCGAAGAGAGCGAGACGGAUAUCCAGAAGAUCAUAUCCCUGAACGACGAGAGCGAGGGCUUCUUGCAGUCAAUAAUGAAGAGGCAGGAGAAAAUAACCGGAGAGCUUCUAGAGAGUCUCCAGAGCGAGACUGCCUAUAAACUCGGCAAUUUACGUGAGGAUGGAAGUCACUCAAGUAAAAUGGCUCUCCUCGAUGUGGAGAAUAGGAUAAAAUUUUAUUGGAAUUCUGUGAAUUGCAUAUUAGCAAAUUAUUCAGGUGACACACAUCAACGACGAGUGUCUUAUGAUGCUCUCAAGGCGAAAGACACCAAGGACCGGGAAAUAAUAGCCGAUCAGUUGGCGGAAACCGCAGAAUUGUAUGACGCAAUCAGAAAAUAUCAGGAGAAGAUAAAGAAACUGGAAGGGAGCAGUGAAGACACUGCAUUCAAUAUUAAUAUCGAGAGGAAGUUAUCCCGGGAGGCUUACGCCUCCAUGAAGGAGCGCUUUCUUAACGAACAAACGAUUGACAGAGCCCAGGUGACACACCUGACAAGGGAGUACAAUCUGACGCUGAAGAAUCUAGGGAGAUUAGUGAAGAAAGCACAGACUGUUCUCGCUUGCAUGCGUGUGUGUAGAAAGUUCGAGAGUGAGGUGGAUAAAAUACUUCCUGCUCGGUGGGAUUCAGUAAACACGGGCCUCGGAUGCUUCGAGCAUUUUUGGCGUCAGGUGGGAGGGGUUCAGGUGGAGACAAGAGGUCUGAGAGACGAGAGGACGGCACUGAAGUGGGAGAAUGAGUGCUUGAGGAAACUUACCAAGUGUAGGUUUCAAGAGGGGGGGUUGGGGAUCCAGACACCGGUGCCUUCCGCAAUCAGGGAGAAGAAAAAAGAAAUUUUUUUUCCACAAGACUUGGUGAACUUGGUACAGUAAAUGAAUAGGUAAUUUUAUUAUUAUUUUCUUCGAAAAAUAUAUAUAUUGAAAAUCUCUUUAAAGAUGAGGAGCAUUUCCCGGAAAUUGUCGGAAUACAUUUAAGAAUUAUUCAAUUAUUUUAGGGUGUAUUUUUGGAUUUUACUUUGGAUUCCGGUAAUUAAUUUAUAAAUUUAUCAAUAAAAAACGAUUACUUCACAUUUAAUUGCUGUGUAUAAUCUUCUGCG